GUCGAAAAGAAAAAAAAAUCCGAGAAACGACAGGUAGCGUGUAAUUUAAGACAACGCGGUCUAUUGUUGGAUGUCAUCCACAUUUUCGGGUCAAUGUGAUUCAGAUCCAAUGCAUCCUCCCGCACUAUUUCAUUUAUAAAAGAAAGGAUGUUACAAGAUCGUGCUACUAGAUGGCGACGCCCAUAACUCGCGUGACUCCGUUGCUAGGAGACGGUCUGUAUUUAAUUCUUAUUGGAUGCAGUCUAAGUUGACGUCACACCGAACAAAUUUUUAAAUUUAGAAGGAAAAAAAUUCGAACAAAACUUUCCGUUUUUGUUUAUUAAUGCAGUUUUUUUUUUAUUAUUCGGUUGUUUUCGUUAAAUGAUUUUCUGCCACGAUAAGGAAAUUCGUGACGGGAUGCAAUUCGGAUCUAACCUGACAUUUCGAUCAAACGAUUGACAUUAAAAACGGCCGUAAAAGCAAUUCUUGUGUAUAAGUCGUGUAGGUAAAGUGUUACAAUGUCCGAUAGCUGAUCGGGUCAACUAAUAUCUAUUACAUAUUGAGUUUCCAUUACGCUUCGAUCUUUCAAUGGAUUCAGUCACGAAACCCAUCGACUUUUUUUUAUCCUCGCUUUUUUCGCCAUUCACCUUUUUUAAAUCCAAUAAGAUAUAUAUUUUACAAUACGUACACAAGAAUAUUUUAAUAAUCAGAUUCUACAGAUUUAUAUAAGAUACUAAAAUCUGUAUCUGUAUCAAUCUAUGCCUUCGGUUAUAAUUUUCUACGAAGAAAAAAGUAGAACACGGUGAUAGAAAAACAUUUUCUUAAAUAAUAAUAAUAAUAAUAAAAUUUAAAAAAAUAUUAUAUAAGAUUAUGAAUUUAAAUUUUUAAAAAUAUUUUUCUUUUUUUGCGUUUCGAGGACGGAACAAAAAAGUCGAGAUGCGCUGAUUUGUGUGGCAUAGCCGCUCAGCAGUUUCGACAACUCCGCCCAGACGGACAAAGGAAGCCACACAAUGGCUGGAUUCGGACAUGUUGCUAUCAGUGAAGCGGAGGAUAGGUUGCUUCCGCUACAUAUCAUUAUUCCGUAAACAGCGGCGUGGUAACAACCCGACAGUCCAACCUUUCGAUUCCGUAUAGUGGGGAAGCGAUAAGGAAUCUGCUUAUCUAUUACACAGCCGAGACAUGUGAUGCUAAUUCGUGUAUCUGCCAUGUAAGAGCAGCAUGUCUUUGUGGAAGUUUUGGAACCCGAAACACAAGAAAGAAAGGAUUACUCAGAAAGAAGAACACGGCAAAGAUGAUCAGAACGACGGUUCUCCCGCUUUCGAUCGACAGAGGAAUCGUCAUCAGAUGUCAGUCUCCAGAUCGGGAAGAUACAAACAGAAACAUCGAAAACGAACGGGUAUAUUGGAUAAUCCGGAUUUCGUUAACAAGUCGAGAGAUACGGAAUCGGGAAGAGAAAACCAACCUCCCAUAGACGGCUGCAACGAAAACUCUUCCCAAUCGGACGAUAAAUCCGUGUAUUCCUCCUACCUGGUAGAAAAAGAGAACGAAGCCAUGAGACAGUCUUGUCAAAACAUGGAAAUAUCCGCUCUGUGAAUGUGAGGUGAUCGUUUUAUUUUAAUUAAUAAUUUUAAAAAAA